UCAUGCACUUGUAAAUGCAUUUGUAUAUCUGACACUUCUGUUUCGGUUUUUAUCGAACUUUGUUUUUUAAUAAUAAAUAAAUUGUUUAUUAACUAUUUUAAAACGUGAAAUAGUAGAGAAAGAUUCAGGGUAAUUAGUUUAAAAUUAUUGUUCGUGAACAAUAAUUACCGGUUGUUUUAAAUGCAAUGACAAAAGGUUGUCAAAACAGGUUUGACAGUGAGACGUGGCUCUAAAUUUUAUUUAUUUACUGUGUUAAAAAAUAAUGUUAAUUAAAUAAAGAGGCUUAGAAAUGCAAGAUAUUUGUGAAAAUAUUCGCACAGCAGUAGAACACGGUCGUACAGAUAUUAUAAGAUCUAUACUAGACGCAUGUGAUAAUGGAAAUGCUACCGAUGGUAUUACUAAAGAUAAAAUUUUAAAUCAACCACUACUUGAUGAAGGAACCUUCUUGUGUUAUGCUUCCAAGGCAAAUCAAGUGGAUGUCGUUAGAACACUAUUAAGUUGUGGUGCCGACCCGGCGAUUCAAAAUGCGCAGGGUCAUAAUGCACUGGAUGUAGCUUCCAGCGAAAUAGUUCGUCAUAUUUACGUUGAAGAAUUAUUGAGAGCUACUGCAGCUUCUGAGAUAGAAAGAGUUGAACAAUUAUUAGUCUCGGGUAUAAAUGUAAAUUCCUGGGACUCUGAGGGCAGUAAAAAUACUCCAUUACACUGGGCUGCGUGUUAUGGUAAUAAAGAGAUCGUCGCUUUUCUCAUUGAUAGAGGAGGUGACGUAAAUUCCCAAAAUGGUUGUGGAGCUACUCCCCUUCAUGAUGCGGUGAAUCGUGGCGAUGUCAUAAUUUGUGAAGAAUUAUUAUGCUCUGGAGCAAAUCCUCUCAUUCGUGCAGUUAAAGGACAAUUCACGGGAAAAACUCCGUAUGAUCUUGCACGGAUUAAUCCUGCCUUAAGAGCCUUAUUUCAAAAAUUUGUGCCUAAUUCAUUUUCAAAAGAGUGCGAAGCCUUGCACAGUCCGACGAAACAAUUUCCCGAUGUUAAUUUCACACAACAAACAGUCUCUGUACACACCAGUCAACCUUCGUUGGAAUCAAAUAAAUCUUCGGAGCCAGGAUACGAAAUUUCCAAUCGAGAAUCGAGCAUUGAAAGUCCGCUUAGAUCGAUAGCGAAUAAAAAUGGAAUUUAUAGUCUUCUAUGGCCCGAGCCAAAAACAAUUUUAGAACUUGGAAAUUCAUCUUCGCCAUUCAUUGUCGGCAAGGAGCUCUUUAUUUCUAUAAUCCAGGGUACCGAGUCGAUUCAUAAAAUUCUCGAUGUUUGGGAAAUAAGUAGAACGCAUUUAUUGGAACUUGGAUUUGAUGUGAAAAUUGGCGAGGUUCAACCGCCAUCGGGAAGAUGGUUGGCCGACAAUAGAAUUGAAUGUAUUGUGAAUAAGAAAUUAUUUAACGUACAAGAAGGUUAUCAACUUCACAUAUCACAGAAUGCAAUUAAAAUAAGCGCUGGAAGUUUAGCAGGUUUACAUUAUGCCGUUUGCACAUUUGUACAAAUUCUUAGACUGAGUCGAAAUCCAAAUGCACCAGAGGUUUGUGAACUUGAAAGUGUCAUGAUAAAAGAUGAACCACGUUUCAAGCAUCGUGGAAUAUUACUUGACAUCUCGCCAAGGGGACGUAUUCCCACAUUGGAAUAUCUAUUGCACAUGAUUGAUCUGUGGUCGGCCUUUAAAAUAUCGCAUUUACAUUUAUAUUCAAGACUGACGCCAAGCUAUGAUUGGCAACUUUGUUACUCGAGAUCGGAAAUGGUCACUCUCGAUCGGUACUGCAAAGAUCGUCAUUUGGAUUUAGUGCCGGCACUGGAUGUUGAUUCGAAUGUGACGCAGCGUCAUCUCUCGCAAAUGUGGCCGAUUUUUCAGGAGUUACUGGCAACAUUUCCAAGUUUAAGUUACGUUCACGUGGGACCAAGAUUAGCUAGCUUGUUAGUGCAACCAGACAAUUUAGAUUUAAAUGUCUCGAUUAACGAGACUGUUGAGACUGAUAUGUCGGAAGUAUUCAAAUCCUACUCGUGUUUACAAGAACUUUGGCACAUUUUAAAUUUGAACUUUGAUACUACUUUGCUACUGUGUUCAAAUGGUCUACAUUCCAAGGUGGAAUUCCGGAGCGUUUCUAGUAAUGUGAUUUUAGUUGAAUACGGUUUUCAGUCAGAUUAUGAUUUUUCUGAAUGGACUGAGCCAUUUCGAGUUGCUGGAGGAAAUGUUCUUCCAAGUUCAGGAACUGCGAGUUACAAUAGUCUUGCCGGUUGUCCGGCUUCGACUUUUGCAAAUACGAAAAAUGCAGUGAAAACGGCAAUGGAACAAGAUUCAAUUGGAAUAAUUGUGGCUCAUUGGUCGGGAAGUCAUCAUUUGACUCCUCAUACAUUUGCGUGGGUUGGAUAUCUAAUUGGAGCUGGAUUAUCGUGGAAUCCAGCGACUGAAAUUGACAUGGGAUUCACCGAAACCUGUGAUAAUUUCGAACAAGUUGGACCACUUAAGCGUCAUUGUAGGUCACUAAGCAAAUUAUUAGACUCACACGUAUUUUACGAUUUGGAAUUCAGAAUAGGAAGUGCAAUUUUGGAAUUAGGACGUGUCGAUACAUUUGUUUUAAUUUUAAGUAAGAAUCAAAGUGCUGAUGACCUGCAACAAAUACCUGACAAUAGGGGGUCAACUUUAUACAGAUUGUUAACUGAUCCCGAUAAUGUUAAUUUAGAAUAUCUUUCAGCUGAUUUGUUUUUGAAAAUGACGAAACAAAUAAAACGAGUUUCCCAUUCGCUUUAUGAGGGAAAUGUGACUGCUAAAUUCGCCUCGAUGGAAAUGCAGGAACUUCAAUUGACCGCGGAUCUGAUGUUGACGGCUUGUAAAAUAGGAAGAACGUUGAUCGGCGUUGGAGUUAAUCCAAACAGCAAUAUGGGAUUAGCAGUGAUUAAUUUAGGUAUCAGCAAUUUACCACCAACUUUUCGCACAGACGUUGCAAAUAAAAUGCUGGCUCACAUUGAACAGUAUAAGGGUGCCUGGCUACAGAGACACCUUCCACAGGGUCUUCAAAGCUCAUUAUUGGUAUUAACCAGUGCUUUGCAUAGAUUUGUGCCUGAGACGUAAAUUCUUGUUUUU